CCUAGCGAUUAAUCGUCUUGGUUUUGGGGUUUUUUCUCAACAUUGAGGUUCAUGACCUUAAGAGUUACUCAUUCUACUACUGUUUCUAGGGUGGAAAUUUUAGCGAGAAGUGUUGUAACAAAAAUUGCAUUCCUUUGAUUUUUGUCCGUUUUUUCAAAUGGUCACACUUCACUGAUGUGCUUGAGACUAAAUGUAACGACGCACGAGAACUUCUGAAGGACUGUAACAUGUGGCUGCUGGGCGUGGGCGCAUUCUGUCACGGUCUUUUUCCAAAUGUGCUUCAGAUGUUAAAGUUCAGUGGUAGAAUCCUGCAAAAUCUGAAUGUUUUGGAGACCAUUCUGAAUAUUUUAUUUUCUAGAAUAUUAUGAUAUUCAAGUUAGCUGACUUAACAAUGAUCAAAUGAGUUAACAUAUGAAUGCACCUCCCAGCAUAGUAGGAACACUGGAGACAAUAAAGGUUGAUUCUCAUAAAAUUUUGACCCUUAUUUCAACUUUGAACCUCAGAAUUUUAGGGGCAAAGUGUUUUUCCUAAAAUACUUUUAUCUUUUCCCUUCCUUAAUAAAACUAGUAUGUGCUUUUGUUAGCUUUUGAUUAUGUCUGUUAGAGGGGUGAAGAACAGGAAAUUAGUGUACACAGCCAGUUUCACCUAACUCGUAAUUUUUUAAAGUGACUAUUUUUUCCUGAUUGUGACAGUAAUACAUGCUGUGUGUAUAGAAAAAUUAAAAACACCAAGAGAUAGAAAAAAUAGAAAGCAAGCAAAGGGUAUCCACAAUCCGACAACUGAAGAGCAUCUUAACAUUCGAUGCUGAGAUGAAUCGUCACCUGUGUGCUUGGCUUUUUAGACAUUCAUCUCUUAAUGGUGCCCGCCAGUGCCACCUCCACCCCCAAUCUCAUCAGUUUACACAGAUCCAUCUUGAUACAAGGCUGUGGAUUUUUAGACAAAACAGGACUCCCAUUCUCCAUCAUCUGUUAAAUAAGAAUUGCCCCAGGAGAUAUUGUCAUCAAUCCAAGAUGCUGUGGAAGCAUAAAGCACUACAGAAAUAUAUGGAGGACCUGAAUAAGGAGUACCGGACGCUUGAUGAGUGUUUGCAGCGUAUGUCUGUGAAUGAAGGGGACCGGAAGUCCUUAAAUCGAAGACAUGCUGAGUUGGCACCACUUGCAGCCAUUUACCAAGAAAUUCAGGAGGCCGAGCAAGCAAUUGAAGAAUUAGAUUCAAUGUGUAAAAGUCUAAAUAAACAAGAUGAAAAGCAGUUACAAGAACUCGCAUUGGAAGAGAGGCAAACCAUUGCUCAAAAAAUCAAUAUGUUAUACAGUGAGCUUUUCCAGAGUCUAGUGCCAAAGGAGAAAUAUGACAAAAAUGAUGUUAUUUUAGAGGUGACAUCUGGAAGAACUACUGGAGGUGAUAUCUGCCAACAGUUUACUCGGGAAAUAUUUGACAUGUAUCAGAAUUAUUCAAGCUAUAAAAACUGGAAAUUUGAACUCCUGAAUUAUACACCAGCUGAUUAUGGUGGGCUCCAUCACGCAGCUGCCCGAAUUUCUGGUGACAGUGUCUAUAAGCAUCUCAAGUAUGAAGGUGGGAUUCACCGAGUUCAGCGAAUCCCCGAGGUGGGCCUGUCGUCAAGGAUGCAGCGCAUUCACACAGGAACCAUGUCCGUUAUCGUCCUCCCUCAACCAGAUGAGGUAGAUGUGAAGGUGGACCCCAAGGAUUUGCGAAUAGAUACAUUUCGAGCCAAAGGAGCAGGAGGGCAGCAUGUUAAUACAACUGAUAGCGCGGUCAGACUUGUCCAUAUCCCCACAGGGCUUGUAGUAGAAUGCCAACAAGAACGAUCACAGAUUAAAAAUAAAGAAAUAGCUUUGCGUGUGUUGAGAGCUAGACUCUACCAGCAGAUUAUUGAGAAAGACAAGUGUCAGCAACAAAGUACUAGAAAACUGCAGGUGGGAACAAGAGCCCAGUCAGAGAGAAUUCGGACGUAUAAUUUCACCCAGGAUAGAGUGACUGACCACAGGAUAGCGUAUGAAGUUCGUGAUAUUAAGGAAUUUUUAUGUGGGGAGAAGUGUCUGGAUCAGCUAAUUCAGACACUGCUUCAUUCAGCAGAUGAAGAAGCCAUUACUGAAUUUUUGGAUGAAAACCUUAAAUCAGCAAAAUAAACGCGGAUUUAUUAUUUAUUAUUAUAUAAAUGAAAUGGACCUAUAUCAAGAAGCAGCUGUUCAUAAAGUGCAGCUAAAAUUACACAGUAUGUACAAAUAUAUUUUUUAAUGAAUAAGUCACAUCUCUUGACCUAAGAGCUUAUAAAGUACAGUCCAGCUCUUCAAGCAGAAAACAAGCAUGCAUUGUUGAAAAGAGAAAUAAAGUAUUGAGAAUUGAUUAGGUGAUACAGGUUUAUAAACUUUGUAAACCCCCAUUUCAAGAAAAAGUAUUGUUAAUCAUGUUCAAAUUAGGCUUUAAACUGCUACUUUUAAACAAAAAAAUAAGUAAAAAUUAAGGGGAAUAGGAGUCAAUAACAGUGAGCAUGUAUCUCCAGGAUACAGGUCGUAGCGCUCUUUGAGAGUGGAACGAAUUCUAUACUGUAUAAACCACAAGCCAAUAUAUAAAGUGAACUGUCUGCUUGGCUUUUAUUUCUUGUUUGGCUUAACUAAUGAGCAUCAACAGAUGUAGUAUAAUGUGACUAAUUCUCUAUGCCUGGUUUUGUGCGGUGAUGUACACAGAACCCAGUCCUUAUCUUACAGAGUUUCCGGUUGGGUGAUAGAGCCAAAACAGAAACCACCAACUCAAAUACCAAGUGACAUGGUGUAUUUAGUACUUGUUCUCAGGAAGUUUCUUGAGUGAAAAAGCAAGGGGUUAUUAUUUUAGACAUCACUCAGAAGGAAAUUAUGUGCCUAGGAAAGAUGAGCUAAAAUAGAGUUUUAAGACCGAUGGAAUUAGGAGGUAAACAUAGAAGUGAAAAUUUCCCCCCAAUUUUUCAUUUUGAAAAUUUUCAAGCACAUGGAGAAAGUUCUUUAAAUAAGUUUUAAGAAAUAGUGCAAUGAACUACUAGGUAUUUACCCAAAGGAUACAAAAAUACAGAUUCGA